CAAAGACAUAACAACUAAAUAGAAUACAGGUGAGCUGGAAAUAGCAACAAGCCCCAGCAAGCAAUAGCCGAUCGGCCUUUGAGAAACGAAGACCCCAAAGGUGCGUCAUUUGCCGAUCGUAUAGCUAAGGAGAAUGCGGGUGGUCGAAGUUGUGGAGAUCCCGACUUUCCAGAUUUCUGGUUACAAUCUCCGGCCGAUAGAAAGAAUAUCAUGCCCUCACAUGCCUCGGGCUCGAAGCCUUGUCCUUUUCUUCCUUUCACUUGUCAUUCCAAUCACGCUGUCACUUGUGCUUCACUCGUAUAACAUUACACCCGCCGUCACUCCACAAGCUUCUCGUACCUGACUCGGCUUCCCCACGACAACGACAACGAGCACACGAUUGUUUUGCUGCUGCUGCUGCUUCUUCCGCGACGAUGCUCCAUUACGAGAAAAACACACACAUCAUGACUGAUCCUAUUGCGCCUUCGUCUUCGACUCCAAUGGCUCCUGCGACCUCUGCAAACACGACUGCUCCUGCAUCGAGUGCCCCCGUACCGCAACACCGACACAUCUGGAUCAUAACAGGACCAGCAGGAUGCGGAAAGACGUCGGUGGCAGAAUAUCUCGCCAGCUACUUUACACUGCCCUACCUAGAAGGCGAUGCCUUCCACCCUCAAGCCAACAUCGAGAAAAUGGCAAACAGCAUCCCCCUCACCGACGCCGACCGCUGGGACUGGCUGAUCCUCCUCCGCGACCAAGCGGUCGCCGCCCUCGAAUCCGGAGCCUCGGGCGUCGUCCUCACUUGCUCGGCACUGAAGCGCAAAUACCGUGACGUCAUCCGCGUGGCUUCGUACAACGACAACAAUGUGCUCGUUCACUUCAUCUACCUCUCCGCAACUCAAGAGCUGUUGUUGCAAAGAGUGCAUGGUAGAGUGGGUCAUUACAUGAAGGACAGUAUGGUCAAGAGUCAGUUUGAAGCGUUGGAGCCGCCGACGGUUGAUGAGAGGGAUGUGAUGAGUGUGGAUGUCAGUGGGGAUUUUGCUAGUGUGCAGCAGUUGGCUUUGGAGGUUGUCAAUCAGGUCAUGACUCAGGAUGCGGUUAUCGUGCAGCCUUCCCAGGCAUGAGUGAUAUAAAGACGGCGAGAACAGGAGUUUGGCAUCUGGGGUUACUAGGAUGGGAGCAAAGCGGUUUCCUGGGUAGGCUUUGUACAUAUACCCGGCAUUAUCAAAACACAUCUUCUUAUUUUUCUGAGCA